UUUACAAAAGGGCGGUUUCACAACUGUCAACAAGACCUCACGCCUACACGCACCGUCCACUUAUACCGGUUUGACCUGUCAGUAAAAAAGGGGAUUGUGAAAGAAGAAAAAACAAAUCUGAAUCAGUUUAACAGUGUGUGUCAUUAGAAAAUUAUUUGGAGUAUCUCCCUUUUUGCUUUUCUAUUGAAGCCAACCGUGAACUGAGCGUUUUUUUUUUUUUCAAGCUUUACUGAGUUCGGGUCAUCGGAAAUAAUUGGGAAAACACCGGCAUGUUAACGUGAUUGCCACGGCUGUGACAAACAAGUAGAGGUGUGUGUGCGUGUCUGGUGCGCAUUGGGCUCCGCCGCUUUUACGCAUCGCGGACCGUCGUGCGUGGCUUCGCUCGGGACAAACAUUUCCAGCAUGGAGCUGAGCUCAGUGAUCAUCACCACCGGCAGCUCCAUCGGCUUUUUUCGGCUGGUGAACUCCGGGGUCGGUAACCUGCCCAUACCCGAAUCUGCGUGCAGGAACGCGUGGAAAUGGAGGAAUAUCUCCACAUCGUUCGUGCACAGUCUCAUCACGGCGGUAUGGGCAGUGCUUUGCUUUUUCCUUCAACCACAGAUGGCUGAGGAUCUGAUAGAGACUCACUCUGCCUUUUCUCAUGCAUUGGUGUCGUUUUCAAUUGGUUACUUUAUCUAUGACUUCUUCGACAUGCUCCGCAACCAGAAGCUGAGCCAGUCCUGGGAGCUCCUCUUCCAUCACAUUGUGGUGAUCACCUGUUUUGGCCUCUCUGUGAUGUCAUGCCGCUACGUUGGCUUUGCCGUCGUGGCCCUGUUGGUGGAGAUAAACUCUGUGUUCCUCCACCUCAGGCAGAACCUGCGCAUGGCCAACAUGGCGGCGAGCACACUUUACCGCGUAAACAGCAUGAUCAACCUGGGCACGUACGUGGUGUUCCGCAUCAACACGCUGGCCUGGAUGACCCGCUGGCUGGUGCUCAACAGGGACAAGGUGCCUCUCCUGGCCUACACCCUGGGCAGCGUGGGAAUGGCUAUCAUGACCGCCAUGAAUAUUGUUCUCUUUUGUCGGCUGCUCAGGAGCGACUUUUUAAAGAGCACCACCCGGGAGACCAAGAAGGAGAAGGAGAUGUAGAACUGUUCCUGCUCCAUAUUAACACCCUGUGGCUGAAAUUUGGUACCGUGUUGCCUGUUUGUAACGUACUCAUACCUGGAAGAUACGUCCAUCUCUCACUCUCUUCAGGUACAUGCACUGUGUAAGUGUAAUCUAAUGGCCUCACCUGUGAUCACACAUCCCUUAUGCUGUAGGAAACAUCCUCCCAACAUUUGCGGUUUUUGACCCUCUGCUGGUGUUCAUUUUCACCCCAUCACUAUGAGGCCUUGUAAACUGACACCUAAUGCCUUAUUGUCCCGCCGAAUGUUUCAGCUUAAUCUGCUCUAAAAUGUAGCUUGCGAUAAGUGAGGACACUGCUUAUAAAUCAAACCCUCCAACACAUGUAUAGCAUCAUUGGAAACAAUGAUACAGUAUCUGUUCAUUCGUAUACUGUACCAUUAUAUAAAUUAUGAACGCAGUAUGCUGUUUUCUCUGAAAUGCCACUGGAUAAGAUAAUCAGUGGGACCCAAACCUUGUUUUAACACUCCCACUGCAGAGGUGAAUGUUUUUCUACCAAAUCUCCUCAACUAAAAACCGCCUGCUACCUCAAAGAACUAGUAACAACACUCUGCUUCAUCCUAACACCUGCUUUGCUCUAUGUUGGGCAGUUUGUUAGAGCGACGCAAAGAACAUUAUGAAUGACAAAAGUAUGUAUAUAAAUGUAUUAUUUAGUAAAAUCUGUGGAUAUCCAAUAAAUCCUUGCUUUGCGUAUCACUAUAUAAAUGAAUAAUUAAUACUGAGAUUAAUAUUUUGAAGCAGCUUUUGAAUAAAAUAAAACUGAUUUUACUUUGAGGAAAAAGUGCAUAAGAGGAAAUGACUUAAAGUAAAAUGUUAUACUUUGUAUUAAUCAUUAAAGAAUUGAGAAAAAACAGGGAUCAGUCAUGGCAGGCUAUGUAGAAAGUAUAAAUCUGCAGUAAAACCCUAAUACUGAAAAUGGUCAAUGUGAUCUGGCAUCGAGGCUGAAGGUUAGUAAAACCCGGAGGAGUUAAAAGCAGAUUCUGCCUCAAAUGGUUCAACAGGUCGGUCGCAGUGGCAUUAGUUUGCUCCAAAAUCUCCAUUGAGCCAUAUAUUGCCUCCUUUUUUUUUUUUUUUUUUUUUUUUUUUUUAAACCAAGUUGGCACAAUUUCCCGUGGACUGACUGAAAUGUCUGUACAUCAUCUGGUCAAACUUCCUUAGAAACGGUAAAAAAAAGUUCACUUUUAAACCUUUUAAAGUCUUUACAGCGUUGUUCAAAGCAGUCAGAUUUAGGUGCUGGAAUCAGCUGCAAAACUCCAUCCUUUGUUUUCUGAGGAUCAUGCAACAUGAUGCAAAGAUGAACAGGGAUAAAGAUGUGGAGCUGGAUAGUUCUUCUCUGAUGUGAGUAUGUGUUGCCGCAGUACCUAUCAGAUCUUAUACAGUUCACCAAAUGACAUUUUCAAAACCAGGUAGCCCCCAAAGUGACACAUCUUAGAAGUGAAUUUUUGGUCGUCACUUCAGGCAUCCAAAUAUUUUACUAUUCCCAUAUGAAUGGAUUUGAACCGUUUUAAAUGACAGGAAAGCAAGACGGGCUCGAUGAUGUACAAAGUAGAGUAUUACAACCGACCUUUUAAUAUUUUCAUCAGCUCUCAGCGUUUCCAUGGUGCACCGCGUUGGCUUUCAGUCUGCGGUAGGAGCUUUCAGACAGGCCCGGACUGCCAUGCUUCCUUUAGCCAGUGGAGGACAGCACAUUCCUUGACAUCGCCUCAGUGACCUCAGUGCAGCCAAGACCACACAAGACAUUUGUAUUUUGCAACCUUAUUUUUGUAGAUCCGUGCCAUCUGAUCUUUAGUUUGAAAUAUGCCAAUAAAUGCAGCAAUUAUUCCUGGGGUGGCUGGAACAAACGGCUCUGAAAUCUGUGAAUACGGCAAACUGUUGAAGACAAGACUCCUGCAAGGUUACUGUCUCUUUUUUAACUUGAACCAUUGCAUUACUGCCCGCCCAUGACACGGAAACCUUUUGAUGCCGUUUCAUUUUUAAUUGUUGCUUUUGUAUGUAUGUUUGUGUGUAAUAAGUGUUUGGCUAAUUGUGUAUUUUUGUAAUUUAUUUGUACUAUCAAGUGGUGGAUUAAAGAUCAAAUGAACACAAUAUUCAAUAAGUUUUCCUGUGGUAAAGAAUAGCUGAUUCUUUGCUGGUAUAGUUGUUGAAGUCGUGUUGUCGGAGGGUGUUUUGCCACUUUUCCCCCUUUGUUGCUUUCCCUCACUGUCUUUCACAAUGAGCUGUUGUUCUCAUCAGUUUUCAUCAGUUUAAAUCUGUAGACGUUGGAAUCCUAAUACCAGGCUGUCCCACAUUGGAAACAGUGUGUGAACUGAUUAUCUGUACUUGCUGAUUAAAUGAAGCCUUGUGCUUGUACAUUUACAUUCUGGUGUACGCGUUUAAAGCUGUGUGGAGCUGAUGCAGAGGCAUGAAACUGGUCCACAACUUGAUCCUUCCCCUGAUUGUGUGUGCAGUAAACUUUGAACAUUACUGCACUAACAUUAAGGCACUGUUUUUUGGGGUUAUUAUUGUAAAGCUAAGUACAAGCCUCUUAUAGAGCUUGAAGUAUCUCCUUAAUUUCUUUUCUAUCAUUCACGUUUGUUUUGUUUGUCGGUUUUUGUUUAGUUUUUUUGUUCGUCUUGUUUUUAGGGCAGCUUUGUGGGUGUAGUGAAGACAAGCGGUGACAUUUGAAGUUUAUUUCUAACAAGCAAGUUUAUUACUAUGACUUUGUAACACUGCAAUGCUAACACCCUGUUGCGUGUAUGCUGCCAUUUAUUCCUUAUUUUGUCUGGGUGCUUGAAAGGGUUGGGUUUUUUUUUAUUAUUUGGAAUUGCGUGAAAUAUUAGUAACAGUCUUACCUGCAGUAGAAGGUGGUUGCAUCUGACUUGUAGAAUCAGUAUAUCUAAAUCAAUACAAACCUCAUCGAUACUACUUUGGUGCCAGUCAAUGCUGUAUUGGGUUUUUAGAGAGCUUCACUUUCAACUAGGGAGAUAUCAACUCAUUUGCUGUUUAUUCUACUGCAGAGCGUUGGUGUAUAACAUCGACAGUGUUACAUUGACUGAUUGAGUGUAA